AGUUCAGCCAUUGAGGGGGCUCUUUUUUUCCAUUUUCACCACUUCAUUUUAUGGGGGAAGGGGUGCCCUAGUCCCCCCAGUAACUACGUCACUGUUUUGAGGCGGGGUUUCGAUUUCAUAUGACGGAAAUCCGUUGCACGUUCAUCACUAUCAUACACAGCGAAUCAAAGUUGUUAUAUACCACUGCACCUUCUAAUCGCGUCACUCACUUCGCGCUGUUCAUCCACCGAAGUAGGUAUCUAAAAGUGUACACAUAUUUCUUUGGACGAGGGAUUCCAGAUCCAGAGUGAAAUCAGAGGCAAAACUAAACAUAUCAAAAGGAGAUGAAGAUCCUCCUGCUGUUCUCAAUCCUGACGGCUUAUGUAGCCUCUGGAUAUGCUAUUACCUGUACGAAAUGCUCCGAAUCAACUGACGACCCAACCUUCCCAGUGCCCCCGGACCCGGCCAGUCUAAUACCUUGUUCGAACCCUGGUGAGAUGGUGUGUGAUAAAGGCGUCACUAGCUGUACGACGACGAUGAUUACGAUUCACCUUACUCGUGACGCUGGUCCACUUACGCUAUUGCAGAAGGUUCGCGACUGCGGACCUCCAAUGGCUAAUGUACUUCCACGCGGAGACACCUGCGCGGGAGAAGCCUUUACCGAAGCCGUGACAAGGAAUAUGUUUCCACCUGAAUUUGGGCUGACGUUCGAGGACGUUGAGGCCAGUAUCUGCGUCUGUGACAGCUCCGACAGAUGUACUCCACCCUCUACGGCAACCCCUGGUAACCCACAAUCUGAAGCAAAACCUCAAACAACAGCUAGUGCCGGUGGAGAAGAUGUUCCACUUGACUGUCCAGUGGUUGACGAGUGGUUUGUGGACUGGGACACAUCUUACGAGUGCCUCUCAGAACUGCCCUUCACUGAUCCUUUCACCACUCCUGGAGAAAUUCUUCCUCUCUUGACGGUUUCUGAUAUCAUCCGGGCUGCUGGCGCAGCUUGGAGGGCCACCAACUUGAUCGAGGCUGAAGGCGAGGUAUGCGUCAGGAUCCUUCCACAAGUAACUGUAGCCGCCGGUGGAGCAGAUGGCUUCAGAGAGUACUGCGAUCCAGUAUUGACGUAUUUGAGAGAAGGGACAACCUUCGAUGCCGCAGCACACUGCAGGCUCAUUCUCAAUUUGACAGGGGCUAUGUCCUCAUACAUGCCACCAACAUAUCCAGCGGUCCAAGAGACAAUCCCCGGACCUGAUGCCCUACGACCUUUCGACUUGUUAGACCACAUCGAAAAAAUUGUGUUCCAGCUCCUCGGUGUGUCCUUUAAUGACGUGGAAAACAUCUGCACCGCUAGGUUGGCAAUCAUUGAAUCCGAGUCAACCUUAGAGGAGCUUGUUACAAGUUUUUUAAUCGAGUUUGCCAAAGUACUUAUUCCAAGAGGCGCAGAGUUUUGCAAUAGCUGGGACGAAAUUCUUAACUUCAUUGGAGCUGUUCCGACUUCCGAUCCGUCUGGCAUCUCCGGUGUCUAUUUGUCUGAUAUCAUACACGAUGUCUCUGCUCUUGUGGCAGAUUUGACUGGGUAUGCAGACAGGGAGGCUCUCUGUCAGGAUCUGAACUCCGCUGUAUCCUCAUCAAGUGACACUUCUUCACUUGACGAUGUCGUGUCCCAUAUUGUUAACAGUACUCUGUCUGUUUUAACAGAUGCUGAGCAUUGUUCAACCAUAGUCCAAGAAAGCAUGAGCCUAUCCCUUGCUUCGAUACCCGAAAUCACACAGGAAGAAGUUGACAUUGCAAUGUAUCAGUUCACAGGGUUCAGAAGCAUACUGGACAUUUGCCAAGCAGUAGCAGAUUCUUUCCAGCCUCCAGGUCCACCGACACAAGCCCCGCCAUCUGUUGAGGUACGCCUAUUCGGUGGAAGUGAUGAUACCGAGGGAACGGUUGAGGUUCUUUACAACGGAGAAUGGGGAUCUGUCUGUGAUGAUUCGUGGAAUUUAAACCAUGCAAACGUGGUCUGCAGAAUGUUAGGUUUUCCUGGAGCUUCCGAAGCUCCUGGGUAUGCCCGAUUUGGAGCAAGUUCUGGUCGUAUCUGGCUCGAUGAUGUGGUGUGCUCAGGGGACGAAGAAAACCUGGCGGACUGUCAGCACCCGGGUUUUGGAGAGAACAACUGUGCUCAUUACGAAGAUGCCGGAGUCAUUUGCCGUGCCCAAGAACAACCUAUCACUGGCACACGUUUGGUUGGGGGAGAGAGCGAUUUGGAAGGAAGGGUAGAGAUUGAGUACAAUGGCGAGUGGGGAACCAUCUGCGAUGACUUCUGGGAUUUGGACGAUGCCACGGUAGUCUGCAGAAUGCUUGGAUUCGAUGGGGCGUCUGGCGCUCCUGGCUUUGGCGCAUUUGGGGAGGGUUCGGGUCCUAUUCUUCUGGAUGAUGUCUUGUGCACUGGGGAAGAAGCCACUCUGACUGAUUGUUCACACCAACCUUUUAAACAGCACAACUGUGGCCACGCUGAGGAUGCAGGAGUCAUUUGUUUUAUCACAGAGCCAACAACGUCGAAACCUACGCCAUCCUGUACCAUCAAUGAUAUACGGUUGGUCGGAGGCACCACCGAGGCCGAGGGCCGAGUAGAGGUCUUCUACAGAGGGCAGUGGGGCACUGUUUGCGAUGAUGGGUGGGACAUCGACGACGCAACGGUCGUUUGCAGAAUGCUUGGAUUCAAUGGAGCGACCCAAGCGGUGGGAUCGGCUGAAUUCGGGCAGGGUUCAGGGCGGAUUUGGCUUGAUGACGUGUUUUGCCUCGGAGAUGAAGAAAAUCUGGCUGAAUGUGAGCACCAACCGUUUGGACAAAACAAUUGUGGUCAUUCUGAAGAUGCUGGCGUCACCUGCUUUACUAUAGUUACAACAUCAGAAGCGCCGCCACCCACAGUUCGUUUGGUUGGUGGCAGUUCUGACAACGAAGGACGAGUUGAAAUUAUGUACGAUGGACAAUGGGGAACUGUCUGUGACGACUAUUGGGGUCUAGAGGAUGCCGGCGUUGUCUGCAGAAUGCUGGGCUUUGAUGAGGCGUCCGAGGCACCAGGCUCUGCUCGAUUCGGCCAGGGUUCGGGUACUAUCUGGCUUGAUGAUGUGAUGUGCUCAGGGGAAGAGACCGACUUAGCUGACUGUCCGCAUCGGGGGUUUGGAACUCACAACUGUGGUCAUUCUGAAGAUGCAGGGGCCGUUUGCUCUAUUACUGUAUUAGCUACGACACCAGAAACGUCGACCCCCUCUGUUCGUUUGGUUGGUGGGAGUUUUGACGAAGGAAGAGUUGAAAUAUUUCAUGAUGGACAAUGGGGAACUGUCUGUGACGACUUUUGGGAUCUGGAUGAUGCCGGUGUUGUCUGCAGAAUGCUAGGCUUUGAUGCGGCGUCCGAGGCACCAGGCACAGCUCGGUUCGGCCAGGGUUCAGGUAGUAUCUGGCUUGAUGAUGUGUUGUGCUCAGGAGAAGAGACCGACUUAGCUGACUGUCCACAUCGGCCGUUUGGAACUAACAACUGUGGUCAUUCUGAAGAUGCAGGAGCCGUUUGCUCUAUUACAGCUACGACACCAGAAACGUCGACCCCCACUGUUCGUUUGGUUGGUGGCAGUUCUGACAACGAAGGACGAGUUGAAAUUCUGUACGAUGGACAAUGGGGAACUGUCUGUGAUGACCUUUGGGGUCUGGAGGAUGCCGGCGUUGUCUGCAGAAUGCUGGGCUUUGAUGAGGCGUCCGAGGCACCAGGCUCUGCUCGAUUCGGCCAGGGUUCGGGUACUAUCUGGCUUGAUGAUGUGAUGUGCUCAGGGGAAGAGACCGACUUAGCUGGCUGUCCGCAUCGGGGGUUUGGAACUCACAACUGUGGUCAUUCUGAAGAUGCAGGGGCCGUUUGCUCUAUUACUGUAUUAGCUACGACACCAGAAACGUCGACCCCCUCUGUUCGUUUGGUUGGUGGGAGUUUUGACGAAGGAAGAGUUGAAAUAUUUCAUGAUGGACAAUGGGGAACUGUCUGUGACGACUUUUGGGAUCUGGAUGCUGCCGGUGUUGUCUGCAGAAUGCUAGGCUUUGAUGCGGCGUCCGAGGCACCAGGCUCAGCUCGGUUCGGCCAGGGUUCAGGUAGUAUCUGGCUUGAUGAUGUGUUGUGCUCAGGAGAAGAGACCGACUUAGCUGACUGUACACAUCGGCCGUUUGGAACUAACAACUGUUUUCAUUCUGAAGAUGCAGGAGCCGUUUGCUCUAUUACAGCUACGACACCAGAAACGUCGACCCCCACUGUUCGUUUGGUUGGUGGCAGUUCUGACAACGAAGGACGAGUUGAAAUUCUGUACGGUGGACAAUGGGGAACUGUCUGUGAUGACCUUUGGGGUCUGGAGGAUGCCGGCGUUGUCUGCAGAAUGCUAGGCUUUGAUGAGGCGUCCGAGGCACCAGGCUCAGCUCGGUUCGGCCAAGGUUCGGGUACUAUCUGGCUUGAUGAUGUGAUGUGCUCAGGGGAAGAGACCGACUUAGCUGACUGUCCGCAUCGGGGGUUUGGAACUCACAACUGUGGUCAUUCUGAAGAUGCAGGGGCCGUUUGCUCUAUUACUGUAUUAGCUACGACACCAGAAACGUCGACCCCCUCUGUUCGUUUGGUUGGUGGGAGUUUUGACGAAGGAAGAGUUGAAAUAUUUCAUGAUGGACAAUGGGGAACUGUCUGUGACGACUUUUGGGAUCUGGAUGAUGCCGGUGUUGUCUGCAGAAUGUUAGGCUUUGAUGCGGCGUCCGAGGCACCAGGCACAGCUCGGUUCGGCCAGGGUUCAGGUAGUAUCUGGCUUGAUGAUGUGAUGUGCUCAGGGGAAGAGACCGACUUAGCUGACUGUCCACAUCGGCCGUUUGGAACUCACAACUGUGGUCAUUCUGAAGAUGCAGGAGCCGUUUGCUCUAUUACAGCUACGACACCAGAAACGUCGACCCCCACUGUUCGUUUGGUUGGUGGGGGUUCUGACAACGAGGGGAGAGUUGAAAUUCUGUACGGUGGACAAUGGGGAACUGUCUGUGAUGACCUUUGGGGUCUGGAGGAUGCCGGCGUUGUCUGCAGAAUGCUAGGCUUUGAUGAGGCGUCCGAGGCACCAGGCUCAGCUCGGUUCGGGCAAGGUUCGGGAAGUAUCUGGCUUGAUGAUGUGUUGUGCUCAGGAGAAGAGACCGACUUAGCUGACUGUCCACAUCGGGGGUUUGGAACUCACAACUGUGGUCAUUCUGAAGAUGCAGGGGCCGUUUGCUCUUUUACAGUAUUAGCUACGACACCAGAAACGUCGACCCCCUCUGUUCGUUUGGUUGGUGGGAGUUUUGACGAAGGAAGAGUUGAAAUAUUUCAUGAUGGACAAUGGGGAACUGUCUGUGACGACUUUUGGGAUCUGGAUGAUGCCGGUGUUGUCUGCAGAAUGCUAGGCUUUGAUGCGGCGUCCGAGGCACCAGGCACAGCUCGGUUCGGCCAGGGUUCAGGUAGUAUCUGGCUUGAUGAUGUGAUGUGCUCAGGGGAAGAGACCGACUUAGCUGACUGUCCACAUCGGCCGUUUGGAACUCACAACUGUGGUCAUUCUGAAGAUGCAGGAGCCGUUUGCUCUAUUACAGCUACGACACCAGAAACGUCGACCCCCACUGUUCGUUUGGUUGGUGGGGGUUCUGACAACGAGGGGAGAGUUGAAAUUCUGUACGGUGGACAAUGGGGAACUGUCUGUGAUGACCUUUGGGGUCUGGAGGAUGCCGGCGUUGUCUGCAGAAUGCUAGGCUUUGAUGAGGCGUCCGAGGCACCAGGCUCAGCUCGGUUCGGGCAAGGUUCAGGAAGUAUCUGGCUUGAUGAUGUGUUGUGCUCAGGAAAAGAGACCGACUUAGCUAACUGUCCACAUCGGGGGUUUGGAACUCACAACUGUGGUCAUUCUGAAGAUGCAGGAGCCGUUUGCUCUAUUACAGAACCCUCAGAAUUCACAAUCCGUCUGGUCGGUGGCAAACACCCUUGGGAAGGUCGAGUAGAGCUGCUCUUCCAGGAAGAGUGGGGGACCAUCUGCUCUUUGUACUGGGGUAAACCCGAUGGAGAUGUGGCUUGCAGAAUGCUGGGCUUCAGCAGCGCGUAUGAGGCUAUAUCGCCAACGGGCGAACCGCCGAUGCCUUACGGUGAAGGCAAUGGGACGAUCCUUCUAAGUGACUUCGGUUGUACGGGAACCGAAGAGAAUCUGGCUGAUUGUUCGCAUUCGGCAUGGGGUGACCAUAAUUGCUACCACUACCAGGAUGCUGGAUUAGUAUGCAAUAGCCCAGAUCCUGAAAGUGUUGUCGUACGCCUCGUGAACGGCAGUAGCAAAGCUGAGGGGAGGGUAGAGGUGUUGUAUGAAGGAGAAUUCGGGACCGUCUGUGACGAUUCAUGGGAUAUCAAUGAUGCUGCCGUUGUCUGCAGAAUGUUGGGGUAUGAGGGCGCUUCAGAGGCUCCAGGACUUGCUCGCUUCGGGCAAGGUUCUGGGGACAUUGUCCUCGAUGACGUGGUCUGUCAGGGAUCAGAGGACAACAUCGCGAGCUGUGCACAUAGAGCAUGGGGAGAAAACAACUGCGGCCACGUCGAGGAUGCCUCGGCCAUUUGCACCGGGGAAUUGAACUUGCCAGUUCGCUUGAUGAACGGAAAUGGGGAACACGACGGUCGAGUUGAAAUCUUCCGCUACGGGGCCUGGGGUUCAGUCUGCGACGACUUCUGGGACAUUAACGAUGGUCACGUGGUCUGUCGUAUGCUGGGCUACGAGCGUGCCUCACGCAUCUGGUGGGGCACAACCUACGGCACGGGAACUGGUCGCAUCUUGUUGGAUAGAGUGGAAUGCAAUGGGGAUGAAGCGACUUUGGACGACUGCGAUCAUCCGCCAUGGGGUGUACACGACUGCAACCACUACGAGGAUGCCGGCGUGGUGUGCGAAUAGUGAACACCAGUUGCCAGAGUUACUCUUGGACAGUUUUACGGAAAUUUUCCGAACAUGAAGAGACGGUGAUCUUUUCACCUUUUAUCCUUUACAUUUAAUCAAGUAAUACCAUUAUAAUAUGGUCGUAACGUAUACAAUAUAAGAUGUUUUAUCGUUACGUUUCUUUGAAAAGUAAAACAAAAAGUGUACAGGACUACAUUACAUACAUAUACGGUGACGACAUUUAACAGUCUGAAUAUAACAUUACAUACC